AUGCAAGCACCAGGACAAGCCCCCGUUGUGUUUAUGAACACGUCGCAAGAGAGAACUACUGGAAGGCAGGCGCAGAUUUCCAACAUCACUGCAGCUAAAGCCGUUUCUGAUGUUAUUCGCACAUGUUUGGGUCCUAAGGCCAUGUUAAAGAUGCUUCUGGAUCCUAUGGGAGGAUUGGUACUGACCAACGAUGGACAUGCUAUAUUGCGUGAGAUAGAUGUUGCCCAUCCUGCAGCCAAAUCAAUGUUGGAGCUAUCCCGUACUCAGGAUGAAGAGGUAGGUGACGGUACGACAACUGUUAUCAUUCUAGCCGGCGAUAUAUUAGCACACUGUGCUCCUUACCUGAUUGAGAAGAAUAUACACCCUGUAAUUAUCAUUCAAGCUUUGAAAACAGCUCUUUCGGAUGCUCUAGAAGUGAUCAAACAGGUCAGCAGACCGGUGGAUGUCGAGAAUGAUUCGGCUAUGAAGAAGUUGAUAAAAGCGGCUAUCGGUACCAAAUAUGUUAAUCAUUGGUCUGAAAAGAUGUGCGAUUUGGCCCUCAACGCUGUCAAAACCGUUCGUAUUAGUUUAGGUGACGUUUCCGAAGGAGAGCCUGCUUUUGAAAUUGACACCAAGAGAUAUGUUCGCGUAGAGAAGAUUCCUGGUGGAGACGUUUUGGAUUCCAGAGUUUUGAAAGGUGUUCUGCUAAACAAAGAUGUUGUUCAUCCUAAGAUGUCACGUAUGAUUCAAAACCCUAGAGUUGUCUUGUUGGAUUGCCCAUUAGAAUAUAAGAAGGGGGAAUCUCAGACCAAUAUAGAAAUUUCUAAAGAGGAAGAUUGGAAUAGAAUAUUACAGAUUGAAGAAGAACAAGUCCAGUACAUGUGUGAACAGAUUUUAGCCGUUAAACCAAAUGUUGUCAUCACUGAAAAGGGUGUCUCUGAUCUAGCACAACACUUUCUACUAAAGGGAGGUUGCAGUGUAUUGAGAAGGGUCAAGAAAUCCGAUAAUAACAGAAUUGCACGUGUCACAGGAGCUACAAUCGUUAAUAGAGUUGAAGAUUUAAAGGAAAGCGAUGUGGGGACACAAUGUGGAUUGUUCAAGACUGAACUGAUUGGUGAUGAAUAUUUUACCUUCCUAGAUGAGUGUCAGGAUCCAAAAGCUUGCACUAUUAUGCUUCGCGGUGGAUCCAAGGAUAUUUUGAACGAAAUCGAGCGUAAUUUACAAGAUGCUAUGGCAGUCGCUCGUAACGUAAUGCUAUCUCCAUCUUUAUCACCAGGUGGAGGUGCUACGGAAAUGGCAAUUUCUGUGAAACUUGCCGAGCGUGCUAAACAUUUAGAAGGUGUUCAACAGUGGCCCUAUCAAGCCAUCGCAGAUUCUAUGGAAUGUAUUCCCCGUACGCUUAUACAGAAUGCUGGUGGAAAUCCAAUAAGAGUGCUUUCUCAAUUGAGAGCAAAGCACGCCCAAGGACAUUACUCCUUCGGUAUUGAUGGCGACUUAGGUAAGCCUGUUGAUAUGGAGGAAUAUGGCAUUUGGGAACCAGAAGUCAUAAAACAGCAAAGCAUUAAAACAGCAAUUGAAAGUGCUUGCCUACUCUUGAGAGUAGACGACAUUGUUAGCGGUGUAAGAAAACAAGAGUAA